AUGGCGGAUUUGCUGAGAAGAGUAAAAUCGAUGAAGAGGAGGGACAAGAGCAAUCCACCAUCCCUAAUCCUCGGCAAAUACCAAAUGGGAAGGCUUCUCGGCCACGGAACCUUCGCAAAAGUCUACCUCGCGCGAAACGCGGCGUCCGGAGAGAGCGUCGCGAUCAAAGUGAUCGACAAAGAGAAAGUCCUCAAGAGCGGUCUAAUCGCGCAUAUCAAACGCGAGAUCUCGAUCCUCCGCCGCGUCCGCCACCCGAACAUCGUGCAGCUCUUCGAGGUCAUGGCGACGAAAUCGAAGAUCUACUUCGUCAUGGAGUACGUCAAAGGAGGCGAGCUCUUCAACAAAGUCGCCAAAGGGAGGCUGAAAGAGGAGAUCGCCCGGAAAUAUUUCCAGCAGCUGAUCUCCGCCGUGUCGUUCUGCCAUUUCCGCGGCGUUUACCACCGCGAUCUGAAACCGGAGAAUCUCCUCUUAGACGAGAACGGAAACCUGAAAGUCUCCGAUUUCGGACUCAGCGCCGUCUCCGAUCAGAUCCGUCAGGACGGGCUUUUCCACACCUUCUGCGGCACGCCUGCUUACGUGGCGCCGGAGGUUCUGGCGAGGAAAGGCUACGACGGAGCUAAAGUCGACAUCUGGUCUUGCGGAGUGAUCCUCUUCGUGUUGAUGGCCGGGUUUCUUCCGUUCCAUGAUCGGAAUGUUAUGGCCAUGUAUAAGAAGAUCUACAGAGGAGACUUCCGGUGUCCGAGAUGGUUUCCGGUUGAGAUGAACCGGUUAUUGAUUCGAAUGCUCGAGACUAAACCGGAGAGACGGUUCACGAUGCCGGAGAUUAUGGAGACUAGCUGGUUCAAGAAAGGGUUUAAGCAUAUUAAAUUCUACGUCGAAGACGAUCAUAAGCUCUGUAAUGUCGACGACGACGAUGAGAUUGAAUCGGUGGAAUCGGUUUCCGGGAGAUCGUCGACGGUUUCGGAAUCGGAAUUCGAGAGAAGACCGGUUUCGAUGCCUAGACCGGCGAGUUUGAAUGCGUUCGAUUUGAUUUCGUUCUCGCCCGGUUUUGAUCUGUCCGGUUUGUUUGAUGAUGAUGGUGAAGGGUCUAGGUUUGUCUCCGGAGCUCCGGUGAAUAAGAUCAUAUCGAAGCUGGAGGAGAUAGCGAGAGUUGUGAGCUUUACGGUGAGGAAGAAAGAUUGUAAAGUGAGUCUUGAAGGGUCGAGGGAAGGUAGCGUGAAAGGUCCGUUGACGAUUGCGGCGGAGAUAUUUGAGUUGACGCCGGCUUUGGUUGUUGUUGAAGUGAAGAAGAAAGGAGGUGAUAAAAUGGAGUACGAUGAGUUUUGUAAUAAAGAGUUGAAACCGAAGCUGCAGAAUUUGAGUAACGAGAAUGGACAAUCGGUUUCUGCGUCUCGUUCUUUGCCUUCUUUUCUACUUUCUGAUACUGAUUAG